UUUUAUGAAGAAAAUCGUUUGUAAAGCAUGUACUUGUUUUUUUGUGCUGUGAUUUUGUGUUUGUGAAAUGUGCUUUCCUAUGACGAAAUUGUACCUUGUUCUGUGACCAGUGAUAUGACGCCAUUUUCUUCGUGAAUGCCAAUUAGUGGUGUAACCAUUCAUUGUGAUGCCGGUGGAUGCUGACCUCCACUGCACAGACGUGGUGUCGCCUGGUUGUGAGUUGAAAGGCCUGCGCACAUGGAAAGACAUUUGUCUGGUACGGAACUCACUCUUCCAAUAUCAGGGCCCUCAGAGAUCCUGACACAGAAAGUACAGCAGCUCAUUGGCAAGGGAAGCCACUGCCGUCGGACACUGCGAGACGGGGAAUAAUCGUGUCUAAAUUCAACAGUUUGCAAGUGCAACUACCGUGCCCACAGACUGUUACGACAAAUAAGUGCAAUAUACUGUUAGUGCAAUCGUACUUUUGACACAAGUGAAGUGACAGACAUUACGUUUGCUUUAAAAGUGAAAUUAUAGUGAACAAUGGAGCGUGAAUCUAAUCCUAUGGAGGCUUUGUGCCGCUCCGGCUGUGGGUUCUACGGGAACCCCUCCACAGACGGACUCUGUUCGGUAUGCUUCAAGGAGGCUUUAAAGAAGAAGCAGCAGCCCCCGGCGUCGACGCCGUCGCCUGUGUCCGCAGCGUUCGUGCCGGCCGCGCCCGCGCCCACGCCGCUCGCCGCCGCCGCGCCCACCGUGCCCACUCUGCCCGCGCAGCCGCAGCACCACACAGAUAAAUUGGAAGAGGAGAGUGGAGCGGGCACGAGUGGCACAAGCACGGGCGCCUCUGACACCGACGCGGACGACAAGGAUCCCAGCAAGGACAAGAAGAAAAAGAAUAGGUGCGCCGUCUGCCGCAAGAAGGUUGGACUCACAGGGUUCGAGUGCCGCUGCGGCGGGCUGUUCUGCGCCGUGCACCGGUACAGCGACAAGCACGAGUGCUCGUUCGACUACCGGGAGCUGGGCGCGCAGGAGAUCCGCCGCAACAACCCCGUCGUCGUCUCGCAGAAGAUACACAAGAUAUGAGCCCCUGUCACCGCCCACCACUCCAAAUAUCCCCAACAAUCAUACCUUAUUGAUUUACUCUAAAUAAAUAUUCGAUCGAGUUUGUGUCUCUUAUUUACGUGUAGUUGUUUUGACGAUGGCGGUGUGUCCGCGCCGCUAGCCAGAUUAAAGUUCUUUUACAGUUUGUUUGACAGAGACUAUUUUCUGGAUUAGAGUUGUGUAUUAUUAUUACGAUGCCGCGCGAUUAGAAACGCAGACUCGAUCCGACUGUAUUUAGAUUUAUUUGUGGCGAGAAUUUUAAUUUUAAAUUUUUAUUAAAAAUUGUAGAUAAUGUUCGUUUCGGGUAGGAAUUUCUGGAUUAUUUUUCGAGUUAAUAAGUAGAGUUUUGAAUAUUGUCCAUUCACCUCCAUUGUAAAUAUUAGAUAUAAUUAAUUAUAGAAACAAAUCCUAUAUAUUGUAAAAAAUUAAAACUCCAAAAAAAGCUACAUUGUUAUGAUUCCAACGGAGAGCCUUGCGUGCUUAAAAUUCGAGAUAACAUUGUUAGCUGAAGCUCAACGAGCGGCCGGCGCCGACUCUCCAUGUUAUUUGCCUAGUUGUAAAUUGUACAGAGGUUCGCUACCGACUUGACUCGUGUUUGUCGAAAACAUUCAAAUGGUGAUAAUACAGGUAGUGGAACUUCUAAAUGAAGGCGUUUAUGUGCUAGACAACGAUUAGUUGGUGACUGUAUAGUAAUGCCCAACCGCCGCAGCCCCGCGGCGGCGCCGCCCGGGCCACGCGCGCCGCCGGCUCCGGAUUAACAUCAUCUUCAAAUUAUUAGUACUGUAAUUUUGGUUUGGGAAGUCGUCGCUUUCUUAUUUGUCUAACAUUCGGCGUAAGAGACCUAGUGUUUAGCGAGAUUGUGGUGUGUAUCGGCAUAAGGUGAGCGCUCUCCGCGCUCCGCUCUUUGUGUGAAAAUUAUAAGUAUAGUUAUACAUAUUAAGUAGUCGACACUUUAUAUUAUUACACAUAUAAGUAGGAAAGAAUUAUUUAGCUUUUUUUCUUUUAAUCACAAUAUUAUUCAAAAUUGUAAGUUGUAUUUUGUAACUCGUUCAUUUUAGUGGUGAAGUUGAAUCAAUAAUAUCUAUACUUAUAUCGCUUCGGUCGUCCAAAGUAGACUAACUGAUUGGUUGGACUUAAUUAUUUAAUGACUUUUGUUGUAUAUUUUGUUAGGUCAUUGAUUAAUUUUGGUCUUUUGCUUGAACAUAAUCAGAUAAAGAUGAUGUUAAUAAUGAAUGAUUUUUUCUUCUAUCUUGCUGUUUUAAUUUAGUUCUAUUAAAGUCAUUAAAUUUUCAGGAACAUA